CACUCGGUGGUGCUGGUUUCCGGUUGUUCCCCGGCCGGUGAGAGAGGACGAUGAAGCCCCAGGAAGGAGCUGGCUCUCUCCUGCUCUUUGUCACUCCGUUGCUGCUGCCCCUGGGUUUCGCCUCGGAGCUGAGCACCGUGACCUGCGGCUCGGUCAUCAAACUGCUCAACACCAAGCACAAUGUCCGCCUCCACUCCCAUGACGUCAGAUACGGCUCAGGCAGUGGACAGCAAUCCGUGACCGGGGUAACCUCAGUAGAUGAUGGUAAUAGUUACUGGCGGAUUCGAGGAAAAACCUCUACUGUGUGUAUGAGAGGAACAUUGAUAAAAUGUGGGCAGUCAAUCCGCCUGACACAUAUCAAUACUGGGCGUAAUCUUCACAGCCACCAUUUCACAUCCCCUUUAUCAGGGAAUCAGGAAGUCAGUGCAUUUGGAGAUGAUGGGGAAGGAGAUAUCCUGGAUGACUGGACAGUUUUGUGCAGUGGUGAAUACUGGCAGCGAGACGAGGAGGUGCGGUUCAAACACACAUCCACCAGUGUACUGCUAUCUGUCACAGGGGAACAGUAUGGCCGCCCCAUUAACGGUCAGAGGGAGGUGCAUGGCAUGACCUACUCCAACCAGCACAACUACUGGAAAGUCAUGGAAGGCAUCUUCAUGAAGCCAAGUGAUCCUCCUAGGACUGACUUCUCUCACUCUGAAUUAUGACACCCAACUCAGACUGUAAUGUUCCCCAUCCAUAACCGCACAGUGUUGGUCUCACUCAGGAUUUCCCUGGUAUCCUGAUUGUCUCCCUGCAAAUAUUAUUUCUGAGAAGUUUUAAAAGUGGACUCAAGGGUGUCGCUUGUUUGCUGCUCCCUUUUGGUAUUAUCAUUACGGAUUUCUGUUUUAUUGUUUUUUAUGUAAAGACAGUAGGGGUUACAGUUUCCCCUGAGCAUGUCAUAGGGCAAAACUUUGUAGUCUUUGCCUCUACAGCAAGGUUUGAAUAUAAAAUUCUCAAAAACAAA